AUGACGUCUGGCACUGUGUUUUCAGUAUUUAUUUCCUUCAUAUUUAUACCCUUGAUAUUGGCGGCUGAUUUGAACGAUGAUACCAUCAAUGGGCUGUCUAAGCUGCAAACUAUGACCAUUGAUGAGUACAUAAAUUACAUCAAUCCUCCAGCGGUGCAUAAAUUUCAGAACGGCAAUGGAGAAAAAGUACUUUGUGUAAAAUAUGAAGACCAGAUAUCCCUUCAAUCGGGAAACACUAGCAAAGGUUCAAGGGAUAAUUUUGCGUACAAAAAUUCGUCGGCAGAAGAGUGCCCAGAGGGAAGUGUGCCCAUCGUGGAGAUCACACGUGAACGUGUUGAAAGAGCAGGAUCUCUGAGACAAUACUUAAAUACAGGAUUGCACGAUAACACACAGAAAACUCAUGAAGAAGCCAAGAGCGCAGUAGCAUUUAUAAGUCCAAGGGGAAGCCAGGAGAUCCAUGAGAUCAAAGCUUCUUUCAAGGUAUGGCAACCUUCCGUGGACACCAGUAAUUCAGUUUUUAGCGCCGCUAUAUUGCGUCUUCUCCAUGAGAAUCCUGAUGAGUCAAUAAACGAAGCAAUGGAAGCUGGAUGGAUGGUUUACCCCAGUCGCUAUGGUAGUCCACGCGUUACAUUUUAUGUUGCCCAUAGGGUUUUCCGUAAGGGCGAGGAAAAAGACUGCAUCGACCUAUCUUGUAAAGAUUUUAUUCAAGAAGGAAAAGAAUACUAUCCAGGAAUGCCAAUUCCUGGUAUUUCUGCAUAUGAUGGUACACAGAUGGACAGCACCAUAAGCAUAAGAAGAGAAACCAGGGGUAAUAAUGCAAACAAUCUAGUGUGGGCAGUAUAUUUACAAGACAAGUUAGUGGGUCAUUGGCCUGCAAUUCUUUUCCACGACUUGACAUUUUAUGGGAAUUUGGCCCAAAUUGGAGGACAAGUAGUGAUAAGAUCUGGCAAGCGAGGAACUCCGUUUCCCAAGACGGAAAUGGGUAGUGGAGACUUCGCUAGAAAAGGUUUUAAGAAAGCAGCUUUUGUCAGGAACAUACGAUUGUUUACUAAUAAUGGUGCUCUUAUAACUGAUAGAAAAACGAAUUACUUCCUAAGUAAAAGACAUUGUUAUGGUAUAAAAGGAUAUGUGAAACAAGAUGACUAUUGGGGGCAUCAUAUAUAUUAUGGAGGUCCUGGAGGUAAUGCUGGUUAUUGUACGUAUUGAAAUACUUUUGCCCCAAAGCAUGAAUGAUAUGAAGCCGAGUGUGUGAGCUGCACAGCAGCAGAGAAAUAAAAUAUAUGCACUUAAAUGUACUUUCUGGUGUAUUUGAAUAGUGUAUCUUUUUCUUCGAA